AUGAGCAAACGUAAACAGUAUCAUGUUGAUCAUUCGAAUGAUUGCCACUCAAAGCUCGAAAUCAAUGAACAGGAGAAUGGUGCUUCCGAAGUGAAGAAAAUAAAAUUAAUCCAUCCAAAUCAGAAUGCAAGAAUGAUCAUGAUAGAUUUUUCCAACUCUUUUUCUCAUCAUACUGAAAGUGUUGAUGAAAUUCGGGGAUUGGAAUUAUCAUUGAAAAAGAAAUUUUUAUUGCAACAGGAAGGAAAGAAAAAGUGGUUGUUGAACAGAGAAUUGAAAUAUGAACAUUUCUUUCCAGUCGAAUUCAUGAAUGACAAGGAAUUUAUAUUAAAUCACAUCAAAAAGUAUGGUUAUGGAUUUGGAUUCAUGGCAUCCAAGCUGAGACAAGAUCGAAAUUUUGUAUUACAAGCUGCUCAAUUGGAAGGAGGGGUGUUAAAUUAUUACAAAGAAGAUUCUCUCAAUGAUAAAGAAGUGGUGUUGGAAGCUUUAAAAACGAAAAAAGGGUUUUCACUAGAAUCUGCUUCACCAGAACUUCUAAAAGACAACAAUUUUGUGAUGGAAGCCAUUCGAUUGAAUGAAAAAAGUGUGUGGUAUGCAUCUGAAAAACUUUGGAAAGACAGAGAAUUGGUAUUUGAAGCAAUCAAACAAAAUAAGAAAGCACUUCAAUGGGUAUCACAUACGUUACGUGAUGACAAAGAGUUCGUGUUAAAAGCUCUUCAAUUACUAUAUCCAGAAUUUGAGAAUUUCGUCUCUAUUAGUGACGCCAACAAAGAAAUCAUGUUGAAAGUUGUCAAAGAUUUUGGAUUUUUGUUGAAAUUUGCAUCAGAAGAACUCAAGAAUGAUCGAGAUGUUGUUUGUACUGCUUUAAAAAGUGAUUAUACAUCUCUUGAAUUUGCCUCUCUUGAUCUGCAAAAUGACAUUGAAAUUGCUCUUGAGGAAACUAAACGAAAUGGUUAUGCAUUGAAAUAUGUUUCUCCACAAUUGAAGAAAACUAAAGAUGUUGUAUUGACUGCUGUGAAUCAAAAUGGAUAUGCACUUGCAUAUGCAUCAGAUGAGAUGAAAAAGGAUAGAGAAGUAGUAUUGGCAGCUGUAAGAAAAGAAGGACGUGCUCUUCAAUAUGCUGAUAAAAAGCUUCAAAAAGAUCAAGAAAUUAUAUUUGAAGCAAUCAAGCAAGACCAAUCUGUUUUUCCGUACAUUUCGCACCAUUUAUUUUAUAAAGACUGUUCUUAUUGGGAAUACUUGAAUUGUGAACGCAAGCACAAAGAACUCAUAUUGAAACUAGCCAAGCUUGGAGUUGAGCGUUUGUUCAGAUAUAUACCAAACAAAUUUACCGAAGACAGAGAAUUGGUGAAAAAAGUGGCCAAUAUCAAUGGCCUUUCUGUUGUUGGAUUAUGCCAUUACUCACCAUUACGCAAUGACAAGGAAAUCAUAUUAGAAGCUGUGAAGAAUAAUGGAGUGGCGUUGAAGUUUGUGAGUGAAGAAUUGCAAAAAGAUCCUGAAUUGGUGAUGGAAGCUCUUAAACGCAAUGGAUUUGCGUUGGAUUUUAGUGAUGAGUUAUAUCAAGAAAGAAUGCGCCAUUUUUAUCAUGAUGCUUGUUUGGGAAAACAACAACAUUCACCACAAAAUUGCAUGUCAGAAAGCAAAAAACACUGUGACUUUUUGUUUUUGGAGCGGAGAUUUAGGGAAGAAUGA